AUGCUGGGAAGAGGGAGACGAAGAGGAAUUGAACAGCAACAUCCCCAUCGAAAUCAGCUGCAAGAAUUAUCAUCUGACGAUCACUGCUAUCCCACUGACGAAAUGCCACACCGAAGGAAGCAAUCAAAAACAACAACAAGACGGUCGUUCGUGUUGAACUGGACCUUGGCUAGCACCUUUGCCUUGGGCCUCCUCCUCCUCCUCGUGCAAGUAGCUACAUGGAAUCAUUCACCCGAUGGUACGACAAUUGGGGGAAUGGCAGAACCUACACAACUGACGACCGCAAACAAGCAAUCGAAUACUCCAUCAUCUUGGAACAACAACAACAACAACAACAAUGCUGUCCAACAACGGCGGCACUUGAGAGAAGUAUCCACCACCACCACCAUUCCAUUUCCCAAAACCUUGGUCGGAAUCUUUACGACACUUGACGAUCCUUCCAAAGAUUGGCACCGUCAAAACCUUGCCCAAUAUUCUCAGCAUAUUUGCGCAUUGGGAGACUAUGAAAGUAGUACCAAACUGUCGUUGAGCGAAAAAGAGGCAUGUCAAGUCAUUUAUACCUUUGUCAUUGGUGGGAACAUGGAUCCGAAUGCUCCUACAGAACUCCUCACCGUUCCAGAUGACGAGAAUAAUACUAAUAAGAAUAAGGCGGCUACUGCCCAGCAUCACUCCUUGUUGGUCAAUACGAAGGGUCAAAAUCUUCCAAAGGAUGUUCACGAGAAUGAUUGCACUUUGCUCAAUAUUCGCGAAAAUGAACAUCAAGGCAAGAGUCAAACCUUUUUGUACUUUGCCUCGCUGCUCCUCAAACAACAACAAGAAGGACAUCAAGAACAAGGACAAGUUAAUACCAUUGACUAUGUCAUGAAGAUUGAUGCUCAAACCAAGGUGAAUUGGAAGGAUUUCUUUUCCUUUGCCGUCGAUCAAUUGCCCCCGGCACCCUACAAUACCAACAUGAUUGGUGGUGCCUUGCGAGACAAGGCCAUGUGGUGGGGUGACUUUGAAGCUGUCGAUGAGGAAUUUCGCAAAGGAUACGACGACUCGUUGUCGUCAUCGAAGCCUUCUCAAGUGAAGCAACGCAAGUUGAACAAGCCACCCACCAAACCUCAUCCGUCGCAAAUGGAUCGCUUGGAGUCCUUUUGGGGGAACGAAUUUGGUGGUGUCCAUCUAUAUGUGGAUGGACAACUUUACUUUUUGUCAUCCGACCUGGUGCAUUUUGUGGCCAACGAAGCCUUGUAUGCCAAAUCUCGCAUUGGCUUUGGUGGAUACUUGGAGGGAUUGGAAGAUCAUGACAUUAGUGCAAUGGUAUGGCAUGCACCCUCUCCGAUUCACGUAGUACCAUUGACCAAGUCGCAACGCUUUUGGGAAUAUCCAGUGGGGCCACCACCAGCAGCACCACUAUAA